AUGGAUCCAGCGCCAAUAAUCAACGCUGCUCCCAACACGCUGUCGUUUCACCCACCGGAGAUCUGGCAGUUCCCACCCUCGACAACACCGCAGUUCGAGCAUGGUUUCGGAGCUUUCGCAACGGAAGUUCCCGGUAGAGAAUUGGUUGGUUCUGAGCUCAGACUUCCGAACCGUGGCCGGAAAAGGCGCGACACGGAGGAGGAUUCUGUUAAAGGCGUUUCCACCAGCAACGACGUGAAUGGUGAUGGUGGUGAUGAUGGAAAAAGGAUUAAGACAUCAUGGAAGAGUAAAGAUGAGGAAGUAGUAGGAGACGAAAACAGUUCAGGAAAGCAUGCGGAAAAAAUUACGGAAGAGCCACAUCCUAAGCAAGAUUUUAUUCAUGUUCGAGCUAGAAGGGGUCAAGCUACUGAUAGCCACAGUCUUGCCGAAAGAGCUAGAAGAGAAAAGAUUAGUGAAAGGAUGAAAACUCUUCAAGAUUUAGUCCCUGGUUGCAACAAGGUUAUUGGGAAAGCAUUGGUCCUUGAUGAGAUAAUCAAUUAUAUCCAAUCACUUCAUCACCAAGUAGAGUUUUUGUCGAUGAAGCUGGAAGCAGUAAAUUCAAGAUUGACACCUGGUAUUGAAGUGUUUCCUCCUAAAGUUUUUGAUCAGCAAACAUAUGAAACAACCCCCAUACCAUUUGUUUCACAAGCUACAAGAGAGUACAGCCGGGGUUCAUCACCAGAGUGGUUACAUAUGCAGGUGGGAGGUGGUUUUGAAAGGUCGACGUAA